CAUAGGCGUCUAAAAGGUGGUAUGAUCGCACAAUUUGUAGUUAACUAAGCAAUGUGCACCCAAAUCAGACCAGCCAUCAUCAGUGUUGGGCUAAGUUAGGAGUAGUAUUGUACUACGCAAACCAAACUGUUUCAACAACCAUAGACAAAGCAUAACCUAACCGAAACACAUGAAGCUAAUUUUCGGCUGCCGCCACCACCACAACAUAGCCACUCUUAUUCGUGGCUUGCGCCACUUUUCCACCACCCCGAAGCCCCCACUCCUCUACACCGCCGACACAAUAGCCGGCAACGACGCCAUCCUGCAGGUCCUCUCGUGGGGCAGAGGCGCCUCCGGCCAGCUCGGGGGUGGCGUGGAGGAGACCCGCCUGUAUCCUUCUCCGGUGGCCAACCUGGCCGUCCCCAAAUCCUCCUUCUCUCUCGCCCAAACUCCCGGCCGCCUCCCCGCGGAGAAGUGUCAAACCCCUGAAGUGGGCAUCUCGUGUGGACUUUUCCACUCUUCGUUAGUCGCUGGUGGGGCUCUCUGGAUUUGGGGAAAAGGUGAUGGUGGAAGAUUGGGCUUCGGCCACGAGCAUUCCCUGUUCGUGCCCACCCUGAACCCUCACCUAGAUAACCUUCGCUCUGUAGCCCUCGGCGGCUUGCACUCCGUUGCUCUUACAUCAGCUGGCGAGGUCUUCACCUGGGGUUAUGGUGGUUUUGGUGCACUUGGACACUCAGUAUAUCACCGAGAGUUAUUUCCGAGGUUGGUAAAAGGCUCCUGGGAGGGAACUAUAAAACACAUUGCCACCAGUGGAACACAUACUGCAGCAAUCACAGAAUCAGGAGAGCUUUAUACCUGGGGUCGAGAUGAAGGGGAUGGUCGAUUGGGCCUUGGUCCUGGUCGGGGCCCAGAUCAUGCUGGUGGACUUAGUAUCCCUUCCAGGGUAAAAGAAUUACCUUACCCUGUUGCUGCUGCUUCCUGUGGGGGAUUUUUCACAAUGGCAUUGACGGAGGAUGGACAAUUAUGGAACUGGGGAGCUAAUUCUAACUAUGAACUUGGGAGAGGUGAUAAGACUGGUGGUUGGAAGCCGAGGCCCAUACCCAGCCUUGAAAAUGUUAAAAUUAUUCAAAUAGCAAGUGGUGGAUAUCACUCCCUAGCAUUAACUGGUGAUGGGAAAGUGCUCUCAUGGGGCCAUGGUGGACAAGGUCAGUUGGGCCAUGGAUCUGUCCAGAAUCAGAAGAUACCAGCUGUAGUUGAGGCUUUAUCUCAAGAGCAUAUUAUAUAUAUUACAUGUGGGGGUUCCUCAUCAGCAGCUUUGACGGAGAAUGGAAAGUUGUACAUGUGGGGAAAUGCUAAUGAUUCUCAAUUAGGAGUUCCUGGGCUACCACCCAUUCAUCCAUGCCCGGUUGAAGUCAACUUCUUAAUGGACGAUGACGGAUUAGGACCUCACAAAGUUUUAUCAGUUGCAAUUGGCGCAUCACAUGCCAUGUGUUUAGCUUUGAGGGAGAGUAGUUGAUUUCUUCAACUGACGUGGAAAUCUCUUCUUUCACUGUAGUGUUCUACUUGGAUAUAAUUCAUUUUGCUGCAAAAGGUAAAUUUCUUGGGUGAAAAUGCAGUUUAUUUAUUUAUUUUUUUGAAAUAGGAUGUCACAUAAUGAACAUAUGACGAUUAAAGUUGAUUGUUUUCAAUGAA